AUGUGGGGACGGGAGCUAUUUUCGAUUGUUUUCUUUGCAGUACUAGUUUUGCUGGUUGCAAUACACAUCCUCGGCUCCGCGGACGUUGUUAGAGCGUUUCAGCAGGGCCUCGAGCACCGGCUUACCGUAGAGUCAAAAGAGGCUUGGCUUGGAGGGGUCCCUUUAGGCGAUGUUUCGUCGUACGUCGUUCCGAGAAACGCGUCACCGUACGAGUCACUCCACAGUGAAGGAAAAGUAAAGGCGGUCGUUAUUGUUGCGCGGCAUUGUGAUCGAGCUCCGCAGAACUACGCACCAGCCUAUGCAACGGGGACGCGGCGGCGACCUUACAAGCCGUUUCCGUUCGACAAGACCAAGUGGGAUGUCGACUAUGGAGAGCUCACCGCCUUAGGCAUGUACCAGUGUUAUCGGUUCGGAAGAUUCCUACACGAACGCUACGUGCAAGGCCAUCCGAAUGAUCGACUCUUGCGCGCUCGCUACAACCAUGAGGAGACGCAUGUACGGGCUACUGACGUAGACCGCACCCUGGUGUCCGCAGCAGCCGUCAUGCACGGCCUCUAUCCUGCAGCAUCGAAUCCUUCACACCAAAGGCGCCAUCGCUACAGCAAAAAGCAGUACCAUAUUCCUGGAGGCUUCCAGUAUGUUCCAAUCCAUACACGUUUAUACGGGGACGACAGGCUGUUAGACGGCAGCGGGAAGGGCCGCUGCCAACUCUGGGACAUCGUAUCCAAGAAGAUGCUGAAAUCGGACUUCGUUUACGGGGAGCUACAAAGGCGCUCGGAUCUGUAUGCAGCGCUACCAUCACUGGCGAACGUAAGCGUCGAGGCCUUUCAGAGCAUGAAGAAGAAGAAGAAGCUUGCGCUCGCGGCGACACUGCGUGAUAUCCGAAUAUGCCAGAAGUCACAUUCUAUUCCCGCCCCUGCAACGGUUUCACGAUUUGAUGCAGACCUAGAGGUGUUGACUGCGCGGCUGAAUGGAGCCAAAUGGGAUGCCUCUGGACUCGGACCGCUUGUUGGCGGGCGCCUGCUGCGAUCCAUCUCAACACGUCUCGCCACUGCUAUUGAAGCGGACAAUGGGAACGUGCAGGUGCUUGCGAGGGCAAAAGACGAGUGCAAUCGAAAAGGUCACGAUGGUGACGAGAUCGGUAACUGCUAUCGUAAGCUGGUCUAUUAUUCUGGCCAUGACACGACGAUUUUCGAUAUUCGCGCUGCGCUUGGAGUGACUGCAAUCGAAGACGGCAUCGCACCCUAUGCCUCGCACGUGAUCUUUGAACUGCGCAGGACGGGACCCGAAGAGAAUGACUUUCGAGUCAGCGUUUAUGCAGGACACUAUGAUCAGAAACCUAGACCAUUGUUUGGGCCGUUUUGCGAUGGAAACUUUUCAUGUACGGCGUCAUCGUUUUUCUCCUGGGUGCUCAAUACGGUUCCGAACAACGUCUCCGAAGCGUGCAUUCGGACAGAACGUGCACCAGAUAUCCUCCGGAGAGCGCUCGGAAACGUCGCCAAAGAGGACAAUGCGUUUCAGUCUGGACACAAAGCGGUGCGAGAGCAGAGCGCCUCUGGGGGUGCAUUUUCUCGUCAAUUCGCUCGCGUACUGAUCAUUGGUACGAUCGGAUUCAUUCUGGUCCUCUCUGCGCCAAUUGUCUUCCGCUUAAGGAGAACAUCCAUACGUUCAGAAUACGCUGCCGUCUGA